CGACCGCACCUGAACACUGCACGAAGCUCGGCUCGAGAAAAAACGCCUACGUCAUCUCGCUGCGACACUUCAACACGCAGCUCUUCGCUAGAUGAGCUAACACAGUGCAACACGGCGGAUAGUGAUAAUAAAACUUUCCAGACUGACUCAACCCGGUUUUAUUUGCAGAAUACUGAGAAGUGUAGCUGAUAUUGGUAAAUAAAAGGGUACUUAUUAAAUAUAGUGUUUUAUUCGAUUUGAACGAAAGCUGCUGGACGCGAAGUCAGCAUCUCUGGCAUGUGUCAUUCUUUUUUUUGUACCGACUGAAUAAAGUAAACAUCCGACUGUUAUUUUUGUUAACACUUACACGACUUGACGUCAGCUUUAGUCCUCUCUCGUGAAGGUGUCAGGAUGAAUGAAGAAGAGCUGGUGGAGUAUUUCAGGGCUCAGAUGAGGAAAGACCCAGACAUGGCCUCUGCUGUGGCCGCUAUCCGCACCCUGCUGGAAUUCCUCAAGAGAGACAAAGGUGAAACCAUCCUGGGCCUGAGGGAGAGCCUGACGUGGGCAACAGACUGCCUGACAGGAGUGGACUCCUCUGUGGCCGUGUCCUCAGGAGGAGAGCUCUUCCUGCGUUUCAUUAGUCUCACAUCACUGGAGCACCAGGAUCUGUCUCGCUGUAAAAAGGUGAUGGAGGAGAGGGGAGAACUUUUUCUAAAUAAGAUCUCAAAGUCCAGGAAAAAAGUCGCUCAGCUCUGUCACACCUUCAUCAAAGACGGAGCUAAAAUCCUUACUCACUCAUACUCCAGAGUCGUGCUGCAGGUCCUUGAAAAAGCUGCGGAAGAAAAGAAGCGCUUCUCUGUGUAUGUGACUGAAUCGCAGCCUGACUCAGCGGGGCAACAGAUGGCAGAAGCCCUGAGAAAGCUCAAUGUUCCAGUAACAGUAGUUCUGGAUGCAGCUGUGGGGUAUGUUUUGGAGAAAGUAGACCUAGUUAUUGUUGGUGCAGAGGGGGUCGUUGAGAGCGGAGGGAUCAUCAACAAGAUUGGCACCUAUCAGACGGCUGUGUGCUCUAAAGCUCACAACAAGCCUUUCUACGUGGUGGCAGAGAGUUUCAAAUUUGUCCGACUCUAUCCUCUCAACCAACAGGACGUGCCCGAUAGAUUUAAGUACAAAGCAGACACCCUGAGGAGCGCAAAGAACCUGUCAGAGGAGCACCCGAUGAUCGACUACACGCCUCCCUCCCUCAUCACCCUCCUCUUCACCGACCUGGGAGUCCUCACCCCGUCCGCCGUCAGCGACGAACUCAUCAAGCUUUAUUUAUAACUCAAAAUCGUCAAUAAAACCAUAUCAUGAAAUAGAUA